GCGCUCAACUUUCUCUUCUACCUCGCCCUGGUGGCGGCGGCCGCCUUCUCGGGCUGGUGUGUCCACCACGUCCUGGAGGAGGUCCAGCAGGUCCGGCGCAGCCACCAGGACUUCUCUCGGCAGCGGGAGGAGCUGGGUCAGGGCUUGCAGGGCGUGGAGCAGAAGGUACAGUCUCUGCAAGCCACAUUUGGGACUUUUGAGUCCAUCUUGAGAAGCUCCCAACAUAAACAAGAUCUCACAGAGAAAGUGGUGAAACAAGGGGAAACCGAGAUCAACCGGAUCAGUGAAGUUCUGCAAAAACUCCAGAAUGAGAUUCUCAAAGACCUCUCGGAUGGCAUCCAUGUGGUGAAGGACGCCCGGGAGCGGGACUUCACGUCCCUGGAGAACACGGUGGAGGAAAGGCUGACGGAGCUCACCAAGUCCAUCAACGACAACAUCGCCAUCUUCACCGAGGUCCAGAAGAGGAGUCAGAAGGAGAUAAAUGACGUGAAGGCGAAGGUCGCCUCUCUGGAAGGCUCCGAGGUGUACAAGCAGGAUUUGAAAGCCCUGAAGGAAGUUGUGAAGGAAAUACAAACCUCUGUGAAGGCCAAAGAGAAGGACAUAGCGGCCCUGAGAAGCACUCUGCAGACCAUGGAGUCCGAUGUCUACACCGAGGUCAAAGAGCUGGUGAGCCUCAAACAGGAGCAGCAGAAGUUCAAGGAAGCGGCGGAGUCGGAGCGCCUCACGCUGCGGGCGCUCACGGAGAAGGUGCUGGGCGCCGGGGAGGCCGCGGCCCGCCUGCCCGAGUUGCUGCGCAGGCUCGAGGCGGAGCUGCGCCAGCUGAAGGCGCAGCCCCUCAGGCCGGACGAAGACGGGCUCCUCAGGAACGCCGACGCCUUGGACGAGCUGCAGAGGAAGAGUCAGGGCUUGGACUCCCGGCUGCAAGCUGUGGAAGGGGGCGUCCAGGCCGCGCAGGCGGCCUCUGCGCGGCACGGCGAGAGCCUGGAGGCCCUGCUGGCGAAGGGCGACGAGUGCGAGCAGCGCCUGGCCGCCGUGCGGGAGCGCCUGGAGGGCCUGGCCGCCGCGGCGGAGGACCAGGGCGGCCUGGCCAGCACAGUGCGGAGCCUGGGGGAGGCGCAGCUCGCGCUCUACGGCGACGUGGAGGAGCUGAAGAGGAGCGUGGGCGAGCUCCCCGGCACCGUGGACGCGCUCCAGAAGGUUCAGGAGCAGGUGCACACGCUGCUGGGCCAGGACCCAGCCCAGGCGGCCCGCCUGCCUCCUCAGGACGUCCUGGACAGACUCUCUUCUCUAGACCACCUCAAAUCCUCAGUCAGCCAAGUGGAGUCGGACUUGAAAAUGCUCAGGACUGCCGUGGACAGCUUGGUGGCCUACUCAGUGAAAAUAGAAACCAACGAGAACAACCUGGAGUCGGCCAAGGGUUUGCUUGAUGACCUGAGAAAUGACCUGGAUAGGUUGUUUGUGAAAGUUGAGAAAAUCCAUGAAAAAGUCUAAAUGAAUUGUGUGUGCAGGGUGCGGAUUGAAAGUUCAGUUUCUCAUGACCAAAAAAAAAAAUGUGUUGUUUUCUCCCUCGCGGUCCCCGGUCCCCCACGACGUCCUCAUUCCUCGUAAAGAGCAGUGGACGCCACUUGGAACACCAAGGUAUUUUGUAUUUUCAUGCCCGGUUAAUUUAUUUACGAUUAUUACCACACACCACUGGUUUCUCAAGUUUUCUGCUUCUCCUUUCGGUCGGUUUCCUGAAGGCCAAGCCCCUGUGAAUCAGAGGUGCCUUUUAGCAGGAUGUCUCUAGUGUCAGAGAAGAACCAUAAUGGCUUCAACCGAGGAUUAACAGAAGCAGAUUAACCUCAAAAAAGCCCGGCUGGCUGGCGGAUUUCAAGUCAAAAAACCAGGGGGCGGGGGGAGGAGGCAUUUUUCUUUCUAAUUGUCUUUGAGAACAAUUAAUUUUAUUAUUAUUUUUUAUACUUCUGGCUGCAGUUUUCAUGCGAUGUCACUCGUUGUCUUCCACUUUAAACCGGUUAAAACUCAAAAAUGUCAGCUCUGAAUAAGGACGGGGACAAGCCCCUUGUUUUUUUAGUUGAAAAGAAGCAGCUGCCUGACAGUCGCCUCCCUGGUGUGGGUGUCUUUUUCUUUCCUGAGUCAUCCCAGUGAUCUCAAAGAUAACUAACUAUGCAAAGAAUCCAGAGGGUUCUGAGUGUGAAGGCACAACACCCCACAGAGUCCCCUGUGACCGAUGUGUGUCACCUCUUGGUAGGGUCCCUCAAUAAUGCGUAGGUUUAGAAUCCCCGAAAGGGGUGUCCUUGGAUUCUUUCAGGAAGUGUAUUAUGGGGGCUGUCCACAAAGGCGGCUGUCUCCCUGGGGAAUGGAGGCCGAGUCUUUCUAUUUAACCGUGACGUCCAUGAAGAGGUCUGCUGUCAGAGCCGACCCCCAUCUGUGAGGGAUGUGUGCAUUUUCUGUAGUUGUUUGCUGUUUCCCUUUGAGCUGUACUGUUCUUUAAUGGCUGUCUUGCCCUUCAAAAAAGAAAAAAAUGAAAAGAUUAAAAAAGAUUGUUUAGUUUACUGUGAAAUGAACUGUAUGGCUUAUUUACAGUAUUUUUAAUUCUUAAUAAACACUUGAGCUUUGUUACGA